GAGGGAGAGAGAAAGAGGAUUAUAUUAAUGUAUUAGGCGCGUAAUAGCUCGAAUAUCGUAUACGAAAAAAAAAAAGUGUAUAUGUCAACGUUUUUUCAUCGUGAAGCAGCAUCACUUCCGUACGGAUCUCUACGUCUAGUGCACUGUUCGGUCGAUUAAGGACAACUCGAGAAAUUGAACCGAUUAAUCGACGAUUCUCCGAUCAUGUCGCUGCUGAGCGUAACGGUGAAGAAGGCGCGGUUCAUCGGCGAGGAUGCGGAGCAGUUCAAUUCCUACGUAACGUUGAAGUUACAAAAUGUAAAGUCAACGACAGUCACUGUGAAAGGGGCCAAUCCAUGCUGGGAACAAGAUUUCCUCUUCGAAACGAAUGACAUGAAUGCUGGGCUCGUGAUAGAAGUAUGGUGCAAGGGAUUCUUGUGGGACCGUUUUCUGGGCUACUACUAUAUUCCACUGUCAGAGGUGUCCUACAUGAACGAGGUAACGAGAAAUCAGUGCAACUUAAAUCACACAGAGGUACAGCAAUUUGAACGACGCACGUCGUUUGAUAUGCGUGACACCAACAGCAACACACAGCCAGACAUCAUCACUGACACGGAGACUACAGGACAGUGGGUUAAUUUAGGUCUGGAGCUGGAGCAGAGAGGCAAUGAAAUCGUCGGCACGAAGAAACCGACGGGCCAUUCGCUUCUAAUCGACUGCCGACUAGAGCUGCCGUAUGACCCCGAGAACACGGAGGCGGCCGAUCUGCAGAGGAAGCUGGAAAUGCUGAACAACAUGAUGGACCAGGAGGCGCGGGCCGAACAGGCACGAAGGCAGAUAUUAUACAAUAUAGGCCACUCGGGAUACUCGGAGGAUUCUGACUACACGUCGGACUUGAAUUAUCCAGUAGGUGGACAGGGCGCGAACAGCUCGGCCUCACAGUUUCGUACAGCGGCUAACCAAUUGGCUACACCUCAAAGAUCCCUCGAGACGUCGAGAGAAAAUAGUUACGAGAGAGACGAUCAUCAGGUUCCAGUCACCGUCGGUGGAAGGCUGGCGCCUGGUAAUUACGGAAGUUAUGGAGGUUCGGGCCAUAGUCCGAGAUACGACGAGCCGUAUCCGGAGGACGGUCUACCACAGAGAUACUUGCAGACCCAGCAGCAUCCUUCAGAGUCUUCCGAGCCACUCUUUUACAACAGUAGACCGAAGCACUACAAGGAAUACAGACGACGGAAGCACACGUGGGAUUACGACGACAGCCAAGACGGCUGGUACAGCGAGGGUUAUGAUUAUCACGGGACGAGGGUCGACGACGCGAGAAUUUAUAGCGACACUGAAUACUACUCAAACAACACGACAUCUACUACAAAAAGACGGGGAGCGAAAGCAAUUCCAUACAGAAGACCGUCUCUGGAAAGACAAAUGACUCUAUAUGACGAUCAUUCGUAUUACGCUGAUGGAUAUAGCAGCGACGGUAGAGUGGGUAAAAUGAGCGCUAUGUAUCCGGAAUGCGAGACGGAUAUUAGGUAUAACGAAUACUACGAUAAUAUAACGGGAUACGUCUAUCAAGAUGAGAGAUACGGUCAGGAUGACGAGGACAGACAAUGGGACAGCGGAGGGAAACGGUACUUGGGAACAAGUACGUACUAUGAAAAUAAGCGAAACAGAAAGACGCUUCCACAGAGGCCAGCUUCAAGCAUCGGUAUACAUCGGCCUGAUUACAGACCCACUGUUACCAGACAGCGUAGCUACGAAUCGGAAGAACUUGACUACAACGGAUACAAUACUCGUCGCUGGAAGAUCUUGCAGCCGCAACAGCGUCCAAUAUCGCGGCAGGAGGGCGGCACCGGUAAGAAACUACCUCCGACCCCGACCAAGCCGAGCAACGUGGUAAUCAACCGUAAGCUCGCCUCUUUGCCCGCUACGCCGAGCAGACAACUGCCAAAGACCCGAACGCCCUCCGAGGAAAGCUAUUACAAGUCUGACUACAACGAGGAUUAUAAUUACGCUUAUCGUAGUCAGGAUAAUCUUCCGCAGGACGCAUAUACGGAGAAUAUUUACAGUCAGCAGCAGAGCGAUCAGAUAGAUCAGGUGCACGCCAUUAACAAGACUCAUUAUCCCGAGAUAAAUCAUGGUAAUCAAUACGGAUACGUUGACGGUCAGUAUGACCAAUCGUAUCCGAAUCAGCAAAUACCGAACAGCUACGGGCAGAUUACAUACGCGCAGAAUUCAUACAAGGAUGAGUAUCAGCAACCUUACGCGCAGCAGAAUGCUGAAACUUAUCAUGAACCCUAUCUAGACACGACAUAUCCGACUGCCAGCCAGGCAAAUGAUCAGUACACGAAUCAGACAAAAAAUCAAUACGACAAGCCUGACGGCAUGAUAAUCGAGGAUAAUUAUCACGAGAUGGGCUUUGAUCAGAACAACAUUCAGUAUCAGCAGAAUUACAAACAGCAAGACGUUUAUCAAGAGCAAUACGACGAUUAUAAUGUCACCACCGUGCCAUCGACCAUUUACGAUCAAAAUAAUGUCACGAAUACAUACAAUCAGUAUCAACCAGAGCAGUAUGAUUCCCAGUACAAUAUCAAUACGUCGACCGAUUAUCAAAAGACUUAUCCAGAGACGUACAAUCAAGUGCCUGUUACAUCGCAGGAUAACUAUCAGGAAUCUUAUACGAAGCAACCACAGGAAGAUUUUGUAAAUUAUCAAACACCAUACAGUAAACAGGAAGAUGUGCCUACAACGUACAAGAACAAUUAUCAGGAACCUUAUCAAGAAAAUUAUCAAGAGAUGUAUGAUGAAUAUCAAGACUCUUAUCAAGGAUCCUUUGACGAGCAGGGUUAUAAAGAAAGCCCGACGACGGCGACGGACAGAAGACAGAACGAAGUGCCCGAGCUCUCCGUGACUACGCCUCGUGGUCAGACAAGGACAAAUGGUUACCCGUCAAACGAGUCAGAAUAUAUUUAUCAAGAAGACGAGGACGUGUCGUCAUUAAACACCUCGAGAAGGAAGAAGCUUGGCAAUAAACGCGAAGCCAGCCCACUUCUUCAGCAAAACACGGAUUCGCUCGAGUCCAGAGACGACGAGCUGAAGGAUUCAUUUGAGACUGUUGUGAGUUCCGUCAGCAGCAAUCAGUUGAAGAAGGGAUAUAACGAAUACUCGAUAGCCGGUGAUUCAAGUCCCGCAGCUGUCACUUUGGUGGAUUCUUCGCCGAAUGUCGCUCAAUCUCAGACGAGUACAAUGGUCAAUCACGUGACCUCCAAUCACGUAACCACCACCGCAAUGGUUCAUAGCACUACGAAUAUCGUAAAUGGCAAACGACCAUUAGCUAGGACGGAUUCCUAUCAGGAGGACAUCGUCGAGGAUGAGGAAUACCCGGAGAUUAUUCCUAAAGAGCCACAGAGAAAGGAUUCGCAACUAUCACAUCAGAGUCAGCUCAGUCAACACUCUCAGUCGACGCAGAAGCCGAAGCUCACUAGAGGAGAUUCUUAUGCCUCGGAUAAUUUCCCCGAAGAAUCUUACAGUCGUAGAGAUUCGUAUUCACAGCUGUCCAGGAAAGACUCUUUCUCAUCGACCACUGAGGGAUUCAAGCCACCUCUCACCAGGACCGAUUCAUAUCAGCAGAGAGAAUUACGAGGAAGCAAUUUUGGACAGAACUUUACUGCUCUACAGCCCAUUUCCAGAGCCGAAAGCUAUCAGCGCGGUCACUUCAAGGAUCAGGAAUCGAUCGAUCAGAGUGAUAUCGUUCUGAGCAAUACGAUAGACGGGGACUAUCAAAUGCGAGACGAGACUCUUGAGAGGUACGAACGAGGCGAGGAAGCUUUGCUUCGUAACUCUCGAGAGGACUCAUUGGUCGAUCAAUAUAAAGGAACCCCGUCUUUGUCGCAUAUUGAAAGUCCGCGCGGGAGCAUAACUAAGCAGGCGUCACUAGACGAAAGCGUUCAGAUGGACACACCACCGAGAAGUCCACCGGAACCGCCACCCGACGAGGAGUUACUCGAGAUGGUCGGUGCCGCACCUGUACCCACGCAGCUGAAAGAACGUCCGGAAAUGACGGCGAGACAACGCUGGCAUUGGGCGUACAAUCAGAUCAUCAUGCAGCUAAACAACGGCAGCGGACCAGGCGGCGAAUCCGGUGGACGAGCGAACGGACAUCCGAGAGACAAUUUCUACAGCACCAUCGACAGCAUGCCGGACAUUCGACCGCGCCGGAAGUCGAUACCAUUGGUUUCCGAGCUGACUAUGGCGGCGACGAAGAGGAACGCUGGUCUUACGUCCGCCGUGCCGCGAGCUACGCUGAACGACGAGGAGCUGAAGAUGCACGUGUACAAGAAAACCCUGCAAGCGAUGAUCUAUCCCAUAUCAUCGACCACUCCUCACAAUUUCGUCACCUGGACCGCCACAUCGCCGACCUACUGCUACGAGUGCGAGGGUCUUCUCUGGGGCAUCGCUCGACAGGGAGUGCGAUGUAUGGAGUGCGGUGUCAAGUGUCACGAAAAGUGCAAGGACCUCCUGAACGCCGACUGCUUGCAGAGGGCGGCUGAGAAAAGCUCGAAGCAUGGUGCUGAGGAUAAGGCGAAUAGCAUAAUUACGGCGAUGAAAGAGAGGAUGAAGCAACGAGAACGAGAAAAACCGGAGAUCUUCGAACUGAUUCGGUCAGUCUUCGGGGUCGACGAAAAGGCGCACGCGGGUCACAUGAUGGCGGUGGAGCAGUCGGUAUUGGACGGUACCAGCAAGUGGUCGGCGAAGAUCGCUAUUACAGUAAUCAGCGCCCAGGGAUUAAUCGCGAAAGAUAAAAGUGGCACAUCCGAUCCCUACGUGACGGUCCAAGUUGGCAAAGUGAAGAAACGUACGAGGACCAUGCCGCGAGAGUUGAAUCCAGUAUGGCACGAGAAGUUCUACUUCGAGUGCCACAAUUCGUCUGAUCGAAUCAAGGUCCGAGUGUGGGACGAAGACAACGAUCUAAAGUCGAAGCUGAGACAAAAGUUGACGAGAGAGAGCGACGACUUCCUUGGGCAGACCAUCAUCGAGGUCCGGACACUCAGCGGCGAGAUGGACGUCUGGUACAAUCUGGAAAAAAGGACGGACAAAAGCGCGGUGUCGGGCGCGAUUCGGCUGCACAUCAGCGUCGAGAUCAAGGGCGAGGAGAAGGUGGCACCUUAUCACGUGCAAUACACCUGUCUGCACGAGAAUCUCUUCCACAGUCUGUGCGAGGAGAACGGCGGCAUGGUGACUCUGCCACAGGCGAAGGGCGACGAUGCCUGGAAGGUCUACUUCGAUCCUCCCGGCGAGGAGCUCGUUGACGAGUUCGCCAUGCGCUACGGCAUCGAGAGCAUCUACCAGGCGAUGACGCACUUCCACUGCCUCUCAACCAAGUACCUGUGUCCAGGCGUGCCGGCUGUUAUGUCGACUCUCCUGGCAAACAUAAAUGCGUACUACGCCCACACGACCGCUAGUCCGGCCGUGUCGGCCAGUGAUAGAUUCGCCGCCAGUAACUUUGGGAAAGAGAAAUUCGUCAAGCUACUGGAUCAGCUGCACAACUCUCUCAGGAUCGACCUGUCAAUGUAUAGAAACAACUUCCCGGCCUCAAGCCAAGAGAAACUAAUGGAUUUAAAGAGCACCGUGGAUCUGCUGACGAGUAUCACGUUCUUCCGUAUGAAAGUCCAGGAACUGUCGAGUCCGCCGCGGGCCAGCACCGUCGUCAAGGACUGCGUGAAGGCGUGCCUGCGAUCGACCUAUCAGUUCCUCUUCGAGAACUGUUACGACCUGUACAAUCGGGAGUUCCAGGCGGACCCGAACGAGGCGAAGAGGGACUCGGACGAUCACGGGCCGCGGCUGGACUCGCUCGACUUCUGGCACAAACUGAUCGCCUUAAUAGUCUCGGUGAUCGAGGAGGACAAGAACAGCUAUGCGCCCGUGUUGAAUCAAUUCCCUCAGGAGCUCAACAUCGGUCAACUGUCGGCGGCCACGAUGUGGUCUCUGUUUGCGGUGGACAUGAAGUACGCUCUGGAGGAGCACGAGCAGCAUAGACUGUGCAAGUCCUCGGCCUAUAUGAAUCUACACUUCAAGGUCAAGUGGCUGCAUGCCAAUUACGUCAAGGACGUGCCACCAUACAAGGGCGCCGUGCCGGAAUAUCCGGCCUGGUUCGAGCCCUUCGUCAUGCAAUGGCUUAACGAGAACGACGAUGUCUCGUUAGAAUAUCUCCACGGUGCCUUUAGUAGAGAUAAAAAGGAAGGCUUCCAAAAGAGCAGCGAGCACGUGCUCUUCAGCGUCUCCGUCGUCGACGUCUUCACGCAAUUGACGCAAUGCUUCGACGUAGUAUCGAAACUCGAGUGUCCAGAUCCGGAAAUCUGGAAGAGGUACAUGAAGAGAUUCGCAAAGACCAUCGUAAAAGUUCUGGUGGCCUACGCGGAUAUAGUGAAAAAAGAAUUUCCCAGCCAUCUGAAGGAGGAACGAAUUGCAUGCAUUCUGAUGAACAACAUUCAGCAACUCCGGGUGCAAUUAGAGAAGAUGUUCGAGUCGAUGGGCGGCGACAAGCUCGAGGAAGACGCGGCGAACAUAUUAAAGGAAUUACAACAACAACUGAACGGCGCGCUGGACGAUCUGGCCAUACUCUUCGCAAACAGUCUGGAGCCGCGGAUAACAGCCUCUGUCAGAGAGUUGGGAGACCUUUUGCUAGCUAUCAAAGGCGGAGGACAGGUAACUUUAUCACAGCCGGCUCAAAGAAACAACGUAACUGCAGAGGCUGACGAGGUUUUGAGGCCGCUCAUGGUUCUACUCGACGGCAGCCUAUCUCUGUACGCUGAAUCGUGCGAAAAGACGGUAUUGAAGAGACUGUUGAAAGAACUGUGGAAAAUAGUCAUGAGGAUUUUAGAGAAGACCGUCGUUUUGCCACCUAUGACGGAUAAGAGUAUGAUGUUUAAGAAUUUGACCGAUAAUGCCAAAAAUCUCGCUGCGAAUGCUAAGAUAGAAGAUAUGUCGAAGCUGUUUAAGAAUCACAUGGCCGGGAAACCCGAUGUGAAAAAUGCUCUUAGCGGAGUUAUGGAUAUCUCCAAGGAAGUGGAGAAGAAUCUUUCGCCAAAGCAAUGCGCGGUUCUCGACGUUGCUUUGGACACGAUUAAACAGUACUUCCACGCCGGUGGUAACGGCUUGAAGAAGACAUUCCUGGAGAAAUCGCCGGAAUUGCAGAGCCUCCGUUACGCGCUGAGUUUGUACACGCAAACAACGGACACCCUCAUCAAAACCUUCGUCACUUCGCAAAUUAAUCAAGUGCCGCUCAACAAUGCGUCAACGCUACGUCAGCGUCAGCGUUCGAUGAGCAGCGAGAGAGCUGACGAAGGGGAUGGAGCCGAGGGUAUGGAAAGCCUCGAGGAACCCCUUCGGCAGAGCAAGCCCUCUCUUCGUCGAGAGAGCCGACAAGUUCCAGAUACCGCCGGUUCGGACGAGGGUUCGGUGGGCGAGGUGAGCAUCCAGGUGGAUCUUUUCACACAUCCGGGAACGGGAGAACAGAAAGUCACCGUCAAAGUCGUUGCCGCGAACGAUUUGAAGUGGCAAUUGGCGACAGGCAUGUUUAGACCGUACGUUGAGGUGAAUCUGAUCGGCCCGCAUCUCACUGGCAAAAAGAGGAAACAAUCGACAAAAUCGAAGAGCAAUAACUGGUCGCCGCAAUUCAACGAAAGCUUCGACUUCAUGAUCGGUAACGAGCAGCAACAGCUGGACUUUUACGAGCUACAUAUUUGCGUGAAAGAUUACUGCUUCGCGAGGGAGGACAGACUCGUCGGCGUCGCGGUGAUGCAGCUCAAAGACAUCGUCGAGGAAGGUUCGUGCGCGUGCUGGCUGUCGCUCGGUAAGCGCAUUCAGAUGGACGAGACCGGCUGGACGAUCCUACGCAUUCUCUCGCAACGCAAUAACGACGAGAUCGCCAAAGAGUUCGUGAAACUCAAGAGCGAUAUCAGGCAGGAGACGCCGCUGCCGAAUCCUACCUGAGGAGAUGCGACGCCGCGUUAAUAAGCCGACUGCGAAGCGAUUCGAGUACUUCGAGCUUGGAAAGAGCCCGAAGAGGAGGAGGAAGAGAAGGAAGAACAGGAGGCCGUCCAAAGGGGGUUAGCAUAUUCGAUGCCUAUGGUGCCAUGAGCGAAUGAAAUUUUUCACGACUAAUUUUGCGAGAGAAAGAGAGAGAGAGAAAGAGAGAGAAAGAAAGAAAGAAAGAUGUAAUUCGCGCAAUUUACAUGACGAAAACGAUCGCCCAAACCCUUCCGCCCUUCUCCGCUGCGAGACACCACACCAGGGAAGAACGAUCCUAGGCAGCAGGAUGCGAAUUUCCUCCCUUCGGUUUUCCUCGCACCGCAGAGCUCGGUCGAGUUUGAUAUUCCUCUCCCUUUUUUACGUCUUACACACACACACACACACACACACACACACACACACACACACGCACACGCACACACACACGCACACGCACACGCACACGCACACACACACACACAUAUAUAUAUAUAUAUAUAUAUAUAUAUAUAUAUAUAUAUAUAUAUAUAUAUACAGAGCUUUAACCCCGUUCUUGGACAGCGACGAGAUGAGCACCGGGAACCACCCUCCACACAGCAUCCCGAGCUAGGACGACGAGCUAGGUCAAUCCCGCGUGGCUCGACGUUCGUCCGGCGUAUAAUAAGGAAUAAAAAAAAAAAAAGAAGAGAAUUUCUCCCACCCAGAUUUACGAAAAAUUCAAAUAAUCGUGGAAAAACGUGGAGCUCGACAGCGACGACGACGAUAACGAGACUUUAAUACUAUGUAAGACAGGAGAUAUCGGACUCUCUCUCUUCUUCGUGCGAGUGCCGUAGAUGAGACGCAGGGGAGAGGACGAAAGAGUUAGGGAAGAAGACGAAAGGGAAAAAGAGUGUUCGCGAGAUGACGCGAAACGUGAAAAUAGUGCUGCCAGUACGCAAUAUAUUUGGUAAUAUUCGUAACGCAUAAAAUAGGAGACGAGAGAGAUUAAAGCACCGCGAAAGAGACUGAAAUACGGUGUUUCGCGCAAAAACGCGACGUUAAUCUCUCGAUCGGACGCGUCGCCGAAAGACUGAGCUCGAAAUAGGAGAGGACGAGAACGAGGAGACGAAUAGAGACAGGGGGUCCAGCGCAUGCAGGAUCCCUGACCGCCACGCGAUCGCGCGUGCUAAACGGACAUAUGCAAAACGAGGAGGAUCGCGAAAAUACGAAAUUCAUAAUGCACACACGUACAUACACACAUACACGCGCUCGCGAUACGACCGCGUCGUUUCUAGGCCGUUUGUUCGGGAAGACGAGUUUACUGUAGAUACGUGAAAACAUUGUUGACGAAAAAAAAAAAAAAGGUUUUUCUAAAUAUACAGUUUAAAUGUAGCAUUGCGUACGACCAAAUAGGCACGUCCUGUGACGUCACUCAGCGACGUGCCGUUAGUAAUAAAAACAAAAAAAAGUUAGUAAGACAUUGUAAUUGUAAAAUAACGUUCUUAUUCGUAUAAGAUUAUACCAGAGAUGGAUCGUCUGACUGCUGCUAAUGUUAUUGCCUGCGAAUGAUGAUGUCGAGAUUCGUGCGAAAGCUUCGAGAGUUACGUAAGCGCGAGACGAUUCCAGAUCGAGCGAACGUAAGAUAUACACGCGAUGAUCGAUACACGCGUUAGAUAUCACCGCUCGCGUCUCCAACAAACGUUUGUCUCUUAAUUAACGUAACAGGAGAGGAGAAGAGUCCCGGAUAUCUCGGCGACUCGCGUUUCGAAAACGACUCAUCUUCUACGGACCGGCGAGCGUGCGAGCUCUAAAACUUUUAAACUUUACACCCUUGUAAUUAGUACUGUCGAUAUUCGGAGAUAUCUCAAGGCUGUUAUCCGAGUGAUUGAUUAUUUCCGAUAUUGCUCAUGGGUAACAUUGACUUGGAUAAAACCUGGCAUCUCUCCGCGAGAUCUAUAUUCGUGAAUCUUGAAUCGAUGCUACUCGUAGUUGCGCGCAAAGUAAUCAUACCGUAGCUCUUGAUUCUGUCUCUAGCGAUCGCUGCUUCUUACGCGUCUCUCUCGAAAUAUCAUGUAUCGAGACUGGACGUUAAAAAUGCUACUAUUCCUAUUACCGCUAUUAGCUUCAUCUUCUGUACGUCUUGUCUCGUACUAUACUUGUACAUAGCGGACGUUCGCCUGUUCGUAGGAAUGCGUUUACGCAGGAUUUUCUAUCGUCUCCGUCGAUUUCUCUUAUUGAAAAAUUCAUAUCGAAUCGACGGGACGUAGGGGCAUCCUCUCGAAAACGAUCGCCGCCUUCUUCGCGAUAUUUGCGAUCGAAGCUUUGGUCGGAUCCCUCCGUGAGAGAAAACACAAAUGCAUGCGAUCUCGUAAUCCGAUGAAUCCGAUCAUCGCCCAGCCCGUGCAGAGUCAAGGGCAGGUACAACACAAUUCCGGAGAGAUUACGCUAUAUUCAAAAGUUUCUACUACGUAGUACGUCUAGAUUAUACUUACGUAUUGUGUAUAGUGUCUAAACUGCUGAUGUAGCUGCGAGCGCGGGAUUUUUGAUCGGCAAAGAAAGAAAGAAUCGAGUACAACACUUAAAAGAAUUGAACGUCCGAUCAAACACAUACACACACACAUACAUAUACCUCAGCUGCAGAUGCUUUCCGAAUUUGAGUGUGUACGUCGAAACAUCUCACCAUGAAUUGAAGGAUCUUAUGCAACAGUGAUGUGACCUACCUCUUUGAGAACUUUCGCGAAAGAAUUAAUAUUAAAGUUAAGAAAAAUAAAUUAAUAAUAAUUAAUUAUAGAUUAAUCAUUUGUAUUUGUUAAGUUUAAAUUUUAAAACGAAUGGGAGACAGAUUCUAUCGGGACAUUGAUAUUUCAAAAUAUUCUCCGCCAAUCAUACAACACAUCUAGAAUCAUAUUAGAAUCUUGCUAGAACGUUUUCAACUUCAAUUUCAUGAUCGAUUUGAAGAAAGCACCUGCAUCUGCAUCUGUCGCCGACGUUGUCGGAAAUUCAAGCAGGUAUAAAAAAAAAGAGCACGGGUCCGCGACCUCGCCAUCAUCUUCAUUUGUAAAAGUGUCUAUUUUCUCCGCUGCCUAACUACGUACAUUAUUGAAUACAGAAGGGCUGGCGAAUUCGGCAUCCAGAUCGAUCUCGUCCACGAACACGUCCGGACAAUAUCUCGUUCGAUCAGAUCGACCGAAAAAAAUCUCGAUCGUAGAUCCGUCGACGCGAUCGUCGACGAGAUCGGUCCUUAAUUUUUUCUCCUACUCUCCGCUUCGAUUAAUAUAUCUCUUGUAAGCUUAAAUGAAAAUAUCUCGUGUAUUCUGUGAUAAUUACCCCUUAAAGAGGACACUACAAACACGCUACACCGUACACGCACAAAAAACACACACACACGUACGAGAGAUACGUCCGCAUAUGCGGAACAAGAAAAUUGUACAGAAACUCUGGACAGACAUAAACAUAAAGAUAGAUAUGAUUACGUCAUUACACCGAUCCCAAACAUAGCAGCAGUAUUUUUCUUCUUUAAUUAAACACAUUCCCAUGUUUCUAUUCUCUGUAAUCAUUAAACGUCUGAGAAAUGUCGGGAUGAUAACGGAAGACAAAAAAAGAGAUAUAUAUGUAUAUACUACGUACGUAUAUAGAGUGUGUGAUCCAGACUCGCCUCCACUUCCUUGCAUCUACCGAUCCUGUGACCAAUUUGCAGUUUGAUUUCUCCUUAGCGAAAGUUUAAUCCUUUUCCACGACUUUCUAAUGUCAAAUACAUCUUAAGCCUCUCGAAUAAAAAUGCUGUGAAAGUAAAAUUCACUUCGAAUUGAAUAAAAUUUAAGGCUCCGCCAUUCAUUGAA